GGAAAUUUCGAACGGCUGGAAGGAAAUUAUGUUUUUUUGAAAAUGGAAGCACUGUUUCUCUCCCUCCAUUUUGUAAAGAAAUCUUCUAGUGGACAUCUUGGUAGUAAACUGUGGCAAAUUUGUGUGUUUGUGGACUCAAAACUGCUGUUGGGCCAGGUAAAUUGUUAGUUGUUAAUAGAAAUCUCCAAUGUAUUAUCCUCCAUAUUCUAGUUAUGUACAAGUGCAAAUCAUGUUUAUAUCGAUCCCAGACCUUGAAAGGUUAUGUUCAGCAUUACAAACUCCACUCAAACGAAGCGAAUAUUAGAUUUCCAUGUGCUAUUCAGGGUUGUGUAAUGCUAUUUCGCACUUACAAUGCGUUUAAGUCUCAUAUGACUAGACAUCAUCAAAAUCACAGGGUUGAAAAAUUUCGAUCUUUUGACAUAUCUGACAACAUAACUGUAGUACAGUGCCCGUUUAGUUUUUGUGCCAAAAUUUCACAAAAUUUGAAAGACUUCCUGCAGCAUCUAAAAGCUCACAUAGUGCAAGGUAAUGAAGUGCUGUGCCCUUUUGAAGGAUGUAGUUUAACAUUUAGGGUGAAAUCGUCGUUUUCCUCUCAUCUAACUCGAAACCAUAAAGCUUGCUCAAACAGACGAGUGCACUCUGACUUACUUAUACAUGAAAGUGAACAUGAUACUCAUAACCAAAAUUUUAACCAAGAAAUUGACAUAGAUGAGGUAACACUUAACAAUCUUGAUAUUGACAAUAGUGAACAGGAAAAUGAAGUUGAAGAAAAUCUGAGUGAGCUGUUACUAAAAAAUUUGGCUCUUUUUUAUUUAAAACUGACUGCCAAGCACCAUAUGCCUGCCACGACUGUCCAAAUGGUGAUUUGUGAAAUUCAAGCCAUGCAUGGUUUAUCCCAAAAUUGCAUGAAACAGCAUAUUGAGAAAAAAAUGAAAGAAAAAUUAAUUUCUGACACUGACAUAAAUGACAUAACAGAGGAAUUUUCAGUAAACGAUAUCUUUGAUACAGUUCAUGCUGACAAAGGACCACUAAGUACUGAAUAUAGAAGAAAACAAUUUUAUAAGGAAAACUUCAAUUAUGUUAACCCCAUAGCAAUAUGCCUAGGACAUGAUAAAGAUAAUAUUAAACGACACUUUGAGUAUGUCCCUGUCAUUGAAACAAUUGAAAAUCUUUUGAAGGACUCCAGUGUUAAAGAACAAUUUCAAAACCCACUUCCAUCCCAAGAAGGGGUUUUAAGGGAUUUUAUGGAUGGGUGUGUAGCAAAACAAAAUCUUCUUUUCAUUGAGCUACCUAAUGCCAUUAAGAUAAUUCUCUACCAAGAUUCCUUUGAAGUUGUGAACCCUUUGGGAAGUGCAAAAAAGAAACACAAAAUUUUAGGAGUUUACCUUACUUUGGGCAACAUUUAUCCCCAAAACCGUUCCAAAAUUGAUCAAAUGCAACUUGUUUUGCUUAUCAGAGAAGUUGAUUUUAAGUACUUUGGGCAGGAAGCUGUGUUCCGUGUGCUAGUUAAGGACCUUAAGAAAAUUGAGGAGACAGGUGUGCAUUUUGAGAAUGAAUAUGUCCGUGGAACAGUUGCCAUGUUCCUCGGUGACAAUUUGGGUAGCCACUGCAUUGCUGGUUUUGUAGAAAAUUUCAGUUCAUGUGUAUAUAUAUGUCGAUUUUGCUUAAUGGAAUCAGAGGCAUUUAUUUCUGGUAACAUUUAUGAUAUCUAUCCUCAACGAUCACCAGAAAAUUACAAAGAGGACUUAGCAGAGCUUGAGAAAAAUCCAGUCCUAAAUAAUUACCAUGGAAUAAAAUUUGACUCAGUUUUUAAUGAACUUGAAUAUUACCAUGUGUGUAGCCCAGGCUUACCCCCUUGCCUUGGCCAUGAUCUUUUUGAGGGUGUUGUCCAUUAUGACCUGGCCCUUUUCAUAAAGUACAUGGUAAAAGAUAAGAAGUUCUUCACAUAUCCAUAUAUCAAUCAAAGAAUAGCUACGUUUAAGUACAAGGGAAGUGAUGCCAAUAACAAACCUGGCACUCUUAGUGACCAAGGUAAUAAACUUGGUGGACAUGCUGUCCAGAAUUGGUGCUUUCUUCGGCUUCUUCCACUUCUAAUUGGUUCCAAAAUUAGUGAUACUUCUGAUCCAGUAUGGAAGUUGACACUUUUACUCAGAACUAUCAUAGAAGCUGUAUGUGCCCCUGAAAUAACAUUGACCCAAGUAGCAUUCUUAAAAGUUAAAAUUGAAGAAUAUUUAGAGCAGCGCUUCUUCCUUUUCCCCGAAAAUGCAUUAAGACCAAAGCAUCAUUAUUUAGCCCAUUAUCCAAGGUUAAUAUUGCAGUUUGGACCAUUGAUCAGAGUGUGGACACUUCGCUUUGAAAGUAAGCACUCAUAUUUCAAGAAGUGUGCUAGAUAUAGCCAAAAUUUCAUUAACAUCUGCCAUACGUUUGCCGAACGCCACCAGCUUUUACAAGCAUAUCUGAGCAAUGGGUCCCUUUUUAGUGUUAGUGUUAAUGUUGACAAUGCAAUUCCAUUUAAUGUGGGUUUGUAUAAUGACAAAAUUAGGAAUGCAUUUAUGGCUCACCACACUUCAUCUGAGGCUGUUGUUACUUCUUUAAAAGGCAAAGUUAAUGGAAUCAACUACGAGAAAGAUCUUUACAUUGUUAUUGAGUGUAGUCGGUACACAUUAGUCUUAGGCUGUAUUGUUAUGCUUUUUCAGCAUUGUACUGCUGCUAUUUGCUUUUUAGUAAAGAAAGUCGACGCUGAGUAUGAUAAUGAAAUGGGAUAUUACAAAAUAAUUCAAGCUGGAGAGCCAGUAUAUGAGUGUGUUAGUUUAUCAAGUCUAAAAUCACACUGCUGUCUACCAGCUUACAGGGUAAAUAAUGUAAAUGAUGAGGUCGUUGUGCUUAAGCAUGCAAUCUUAGAGUCUUAAAGUAAAAGUCUCAUGCUCUAAAGAAUUACUUGAAUAAUGUAUGGGAAUGACUAUAAUAUUAUACCAAUUGACAAGAGAGUAUUAGGUUGCCACAAACCCUAUCUUUUUAUCAUGGCAAAAAUGUUCAAUUAAGGUUGGGCAAAGUGGUGCAGGGAUAUAUGAGUGGACAGAAUGGUAUAUGGUGCAAAUUGGAAACUUAUUUAAUUGAAUAAUUUUUGGAAUAAGAGAAAGUUACUUGUAAAUCUAAAGAUACAGAUACAGUGCACAUGUUUCCAUUGAGUUUCGGCUUUAUGGUGAGGUUUCUCAUGAUAAGUAUUACUGUAUAUGAUACAAAAUAACAAUUAUUUGUCUCAAAUUUUCUACCUGGAAAAGAAGAUCGUAGUUUUUGCUUCUGGUUUACUGUUUAUGUUGCAUGAAGAAAACUGUUCACAAUUUAAAACUUAGGUUUAUAGCACUACAUUUUUGCCAUGCAUUAUGCCAAUACCAUUCCCUGUUAUUGGUGUAGAGAAUAUAGAAAAGAUGGAUGAAGUAAUGAGAUUAAUCAAGGACUUGUUGCCAAAUUUGCAUCAAGAAACAUUUGAAAAUGUAAAGGAGAAAUUAAUUGAUAUUGGAGUUUCUGAUGUUGAUGACAUGCAACUUGUUCAAGAACAGGACCUCUCUGACGUGUUAAAACCUAUUCAGAUACGAAAAAUUCUACAGCUGCGCAUUGCAGGUUUGUUAAUGUUUUGCAGUUGCAGUGUGAAUGCCCACACGGUAAAAUCGUGAUGUUUAGUGCAUUGUAUAUAAACUAUCAUACCUAAUGUGACAAUUCCGCAAACUCCACACUUUUGAGGGAGUCAUUACAGCAUUUGCUUUAGGCAGAGAAAAAAACUUUCAAAAUACAUAUAUGUAUAAUUUCAUAUGUCCUUAACAUGUUUUUAAUUAGUUAAGAGUCCCCAAACACACAACUUGCCUAUUGACAAAGAUGGUUCCAGUAGAAAUUUGUCAAACAAAAGUGGCAGCUGGUUCGACUCUCCAUCAACCUCACGCUGGAAAUCCUCCGCUCAAAAAUUAAGUGAUACUGAAAUGACAUCAUCACAAAAACCAAGACAAGAGAGCAGUACUGCCAAACCAACGAGUGGCUCCAAGAAUGGAGUUUGGGUUGUAAACAUUACACUCCCUUUGCACAAAUUCCCCACGGCCAUACGUAAAGCUUGUGAGCGAGAAGUUCAACUAAAGCGCCGGCUGGAGAUAGUACAGAAGCAACCCAUCUCUGAUUCCUUUGGAUGUGUGAACGCGCAAAAUCAAAGCGAUGGGAGUCAAAAAGAGAAAGAAGAAUGGUUAAUCUCAGAGUUUCCAAAGAAAGAUAGAGAUAUGGAAAAAGUCUCCCUGUUUAUGAAACAAACGUACGCGUCCCAACGUUUGCUUAUCAAUAGGAGUAAGCCCAACGUGCCUUCGAUUAUGGAAAUUAAAGACCAGUGGCCAUUUCUUUUCGAAACGGACAUGAUGUUGCAACAUUUUGAGGAGCUUAUGGGAUUCAACCUCCAGGUUAUAUUGCAACGUAGUCUUGAAGAAAAAGCAAGUGUCAUCUAUGAUUUUAUGAAGCAAGAGCAUCCGAGCAAAAAGAAAGUGAGAGAGUCCUUGUUGGAGAUUGAUACCGCUAUGGCCCUGGACGAGAGCAAAAUUCCUCAAAUGGCUGGGGUAUAUUUACUAGUACUUGCAUACUUUGGAGAACCAGAAGAUAUGAUGAUAAGAAGCUAUGAUGUAAGGCAACAUAGCUAAUUAAUUUUCCUGAUUCUAGCUUUGUGAAUUAGAUAGUUACUGUGAAUAUAGGGCAAAGUCACACAAUAUAAAGAAGUAAAAGCAACAAAAUUAAGAUAACUUGCAACAAAUACUGUAGUUGAUGAUGUCAUUUCAGCAAACGUUAAUAUGUUGGAAUCAUGUCUUAAUGAUAUUUUGAAUAUCAUGCCGUUUUGUUGCUUGUUCUGUCAUUAAUUUGUGCUUUAAUUACUUAACUAUUUCUAACUGUAAUCUUAUCUGGCCAAAAGCUCAUGCUAACAGAAAUCGUGAUUGGCAGUCUGCUUGGUAUUUUGGCUGCUGUGAAUGCAUUAAGGUGAAAUGUGCCGUGGUGUGCCCUAGUUUUGCUAUUAUAGUUUGUCUAACGCACACCCUAUAUAUACCUUAUUGUGUUGACACAAUAUGAAAUCAAGCACAUCACGUUUUAAGUUCUCAUGAAUUUGCUCUUCUUUGUUCUCAUUCCAGGAAACAGCGACAGUUGAAGAUGUUGUGUCGGACUCCAAGAUUCCAAGUACACCUUUCAUUGCUGUAUUUGGUAAGUGUAAAUUUAUUACUGUUUUUAGGCAUGACAUAAAGUAUAGUUUGAUAUCAUUUAAGUAUAUUGUAAAUGAAAUUAUUUGCACUGCAUAAAAUAUUUAACUGGGAAACAAAUGCUGUUUUUAGGGGAAGUGCUCGAAGCCAAGAGAUGUGGGUUGGUGGUCGAUGAGGUUAUGGUUAAUCAAUCGAUUAACGGAAUCACAGAAGGAAUGAUGAUGCUGUUUGCGUCGUACUUCGUGCUCAACAUAAUGUAUCCCAAUGAAGUUGCAGCGACACUUGAGUUUAUUCAGAGGUACAGUACAGUAUACUGUGUAAAUUUGAAAUAUUUUAGCAAUGUGCAAAAAAAACAGAAAUGAAAUCUGUACACUUCAACACUUUUAUAUACCUCUUUUUUUAACUUGUUACCAUAGAUGUUUUGUUGACAUUAAUCCUAACAGAGGAAACAAGAGAGCGAAGACAAAGGGGAAGCAGCACACUGUGAAUCCAAAGGUCCUCUCACUGGCUAAUUGUCUAAAAGAUCACGCGAGUCAGUGGGUUUUGUAAUUUCUUUAUUGACAUUUUCAAGGCAUACAUGUAUAUUGAUAAUGUAACAUUUGUUUAAACGUUAAACUUGAACUUGCGAUUUGCAAUAUUAAUUCUGUAGUUUUGUUACAUUUGUUGAGUUUAUUAUAUAUAGACUGCAUGUAUAUACAUUAAGAACGCUGGAUAUAAUUCAGAGUGUCCCAAAAAGUAAACCUUUUGAAAUCGAAUUUGAAAUUAGCAUUUCCUUUCAAACAACCUAUGGUAACCUGAUGCAUUCAAUUUCAAAUGGUUAUCUUUUUUGGGACACCCUGUAUAAGGUCUUUGAGGCUCGGUUGUUCAAAUGCUGCAGGUAAAUGAAGGUUUGGUUAAUUUCAUGGAUAAAACAGUUUCUAUAUAUAAUCAGAGUUUUACUGUAUAUGCCAAUACCAAAACCGCCUUGCAGCUCUAUGACAUAUAUAUUUUCUUGUUUUUUAAUGUUAAAAAAGGUUUCAAAUUUGGUUGGUGUUUUCAUUUUGUAUAUGUAGAUCAAUGUCAAAUAAUGAAUUCGUUUGAGGUUAUACAGUAAAUAAAUUAAUUUACAGUACUUUUCUGUUCCAUUGUAG